AUGCAGGCACUGUAUGUAAAGCGUAUAGGCCACUGGGAUGAUGGAUUCAAGCUGGCCAUGGUGUGCAUUCGCCUAGACACAAUUAUGUCCAAUUCCCCCGAUUUCAGCAGUCGGAUGAUGUUGGAGGCAAAGGCAGGCUUUGAUUUCCAACAGAGGGAUAAUGCUAGUUUUGUCUAUGCAGACUCUACAGUGUCUCUUCUUUAUGCAACUAUUUUUGGAAACGUCACCACCAUUUUCCAGCAAAUGUAUGCCAACACCAACCGAUACCAUGAGAUGCUGAACAAUGUGAGGGAUUUCCUAAAAUUAUAUCAAGUCCCAAAAGGCCUUAGUGAAAGAGUCAUGGAUUAUAUUGUCUCAACCUGGUCCAUGUCUAAAGGAAUUGACACAGAGAAGGUUCUCUCAAUUUGCCCAAAGGACAUGAGAGCAGAUAUUUGCGUGCACCUAAACCGGAAAGUUUUUAACGAGCACCCUGCCUUCCGGCUGGCUAGCGACGGCUGCCUGCGAGCCCUGGCUGUGGAGUUUCAGACGAUCCAUUGCGCCCCGGGGGACCUCAUCUAUCACGCUGGGGAAAGCGUUGAUGCUCUUUGCUUUGUGGUCUCAGGAUCCCUAGAAGUCAUCCAGGACGACGAGGUGGUGGCCAUUUUAGGUAAAGGUGAUGUGUUUGGUGAUAUCUUCUGGAAGGAAACCAGUCUGGCCCACGCAUGUGCCAAUGUACGGGCUCUGACAUACUGCGAUUUACAUAUUAUUAAACGAGAAGCCUUGCUUAAAGUGUUGGACUUUUAUACUGCUUUUGCAAACUCGUUCUCAAGGAAUCUCACGCUCACCUGCAAUUUGAGGAAACGG